GAGUUCUUAGCGGCGGUGCGAGCGGUGUGCUGUGUCGCACUCUCGGAGUCCCGACAUCCCGUCCCGUCCUAUCCUACCCUAUUCUAUUCUAUCCCAUCCUGUCCUGUCCCGUCCGCCCGGCUCACGCCAUGGGCUCCACUCCUCCCGUGUUCAUCGGCGCCGAGGAGGUGGAGAAGCACCUGCACCGCGCCAGCCUCCUGCUGCCGGCGCUGGAGGCCGCCCUGGCCAACUUCUCCGAGGGCGCGGUGGGCGGCGUGGUGCAGCCGGUGCGCACCGUGCUGCCCGUGCCCCGCCACGGCGGGUACCUCGGAGUCAUGCCCGCGUACAGCGCUGCGGACGACGCGCUGACAACCAAGUUGGUGACUUUCUAUGAGCACCUGAAGGACUCCUCCGUGCCUUCCCACCAGGCGACUGUGCUCCUGUUCGACCCCAGCAAUGGCACUUUGAAGGCUGUCAUGGAUGGCAGUGUCAUCACAGCAAAACGAACAGCUGCAGUUUCUGCCAUUGCUACCAAGUUGUUGAUGCCACCUUUUGCAGAAGUGCUGUGCAUUUUGGGAGCUGGUGUUCAAGCAUACAGCCACUAUGAUAUCUUCACAGAACUGUUCACAUUUAAAGAGGUGAGGAUCUGGAAUCGCACCAAGGAGAGGGCAGUGCAGUUCGCCAGCACUGCCGGCGGCCCCGUGCGGGUCUGCUCCUCCGCGCAGGAGGCGGUGACAGGGGCCGAUGUCAUCGUGACAGUCACCAUGGCAACGGCUCCCAUCCUCUUCGGGGACUGGGUGAAGCCAGGUGCCCACAUCAACGCUGUUGGAGCAAGCAGACCAGACUGGAGAGAACUGGAUGAUGAGCUGAUGAAGAAUUCUGUUCUGUUUGUGGAUUCCAGAGACGCUGCUCUUACAGAAUCAGGAGAUGUUAUUUUAUCAGGGGCGGAGAUUUUUGCUGAGCUGGGGGAGGUUUUGAAGGGUACAAAACCAGCCCUGCCUGAGAAAACAACAGUGUUUAAAUCAUUGGGGAUGGCAGUUGAAGACACAGUAGCAGCAAAAUUUGUUUAUGAUGCCUGGUCAGCUGGUAACUAAAGAGGGAAGACUACAAUGCCAGUGAGGCCAAGAAAAUCAUUUGCACUUAGUUUCCAUGAAUCCUGUGCUAACAAGAAAGGCACCAAUCCUAUCUACAUGUGGCCCUUCUAGAACACUCAAGAAGGAAAAGUAAAAUUUCAGCAAUGGACUAACUUCUAAAGUCUUCUAAUUUCAAAUAUUGGAUACUUGCAGUAUUGUUAAUAAAUGUCUCUCUUUUGUAACA